UUGGAGAGGCAGAUGAGCAGCGUGUGACGCCACCCGGAAGUAGCUCCAUCCGGCACUGCGUGUGCAUGUUGCAUCUCCAGGUCUAAAACAUGGAGCAAAACAAUGGAGACGGGAGUCUGGCCCAGGUUCGACACGUGGUGUUGGUCCUGUCAGGGAAGGGAGGCGUGGGGAAGAGCACCAUCACCGCAGAGUUGGCCCUGGCUCUCAGACACGCUGGCAAGAAGGUCGGCAUCCUGGACAUUGACCUCUGUGGGCCCAGUAUCCCCCGCAUGCUGGGGGUGGGCCGGCCUGAUGUGCACCAGUGUGACUCAGGCUGGGUGCCGGUCUACACCGACGCCCAGAAGAGCCUCGCUCUCAUGUCCAUCGGCUUCCUCCUGGACGACCCAGAUGAAGCAGUGGUGUGGAGGGGGCCCAAGAAGACAGCUUUGAUUGGCCAGUUCGUGUCAGACGUAGCGUGGGGGGAGCUGGACGUGCUGCUGGUGGACACGCCGCCUGGGACGUCUGACGAGCAUUUGGCUGUACUGGAGAACCUUAAGAAACACAGAGUGGAUGGAGCCGUUUUGGUCACAACACCACAGGCUGUAUCGACGGGGGAUGUGAGGAGAGAGAUCACGUUCUGUAAGAAGACGGGCGUACGAAUCCUGGGCAUCAUAGAGAACAUGAGUGGCUUUGUUUGUCCUCACUGCUCCGAAUGCAGCAAUAUAUUCUCAAAGGGUGGUGGUGAAGAACUGGCCAAACUGACCGGAUCAGUAUUCCUUGGUGCGGUGCCCUUGGAUCCUCUGCUCAGCAGCAGCAUAGAGGAAGGCAAAGAUUUCACACAGUCAUUCCCCGACAGCGCCACCUUCAGUGCCAUCAGCAGCAUCACACAGACUCUGCUCGACAGUCUCCAAACAGCUUGAGACAUGUUUACAUAUCUGGAUCCGACCGACGUCAGUACAUAGGCUUUGUAACUUGUAUAAGGCUGAGUUGUGUUAUAUGUCAUUUUUCUAUGUUGCACUUUUCCUGUACAGUCAAACAUUAAAAAAACAAUCUACCUGCCUGUGUGCAGUUCUCAUUCAGUGCUGCAUUAACCAGCUUUCACAGGAGAUUAAUAUUGUACAGCAAUUUUAAGGAAGUACUUCAGUAAUGUCCUAAAUAAACCCCCUCAGCUGCUGGUACAGUACUUAAAUGUGUCACAGUGAGAUGUGCAGUACUAAACUAUAUUUUUGGAAGCCAGUCAACUCUAAGUUGGAAUCUUCUUUAAUUCGAUUGUGAAAACAUUCACAUCGACAUAUCAGGAUAACUUCAAUACCAGUGGUAAUACAGGGUUGGAGAUUGGUGCUUAAGGAAAACACAUCAGCAGCAGCUCCAUUCUCAGAAAACUCACUCCAGAUCAAAUCUGACCCAUUGUUACGUGAAUUCAGGCCAAACUCAUUAAUCUCACCAAUGAUACCAUCAAGUCAUCUUGCAUCAUUUACACACAUACAUGUUUGUUUGAGCAGGAACUACACAAGAAAGUAGCUUCUUGAUCUGGAAUAAAUCUUCUGAAAGUAGCCUGCUCGCCAGCGUCAUAUCCAACAGCAACAGAACACUGAAACCCAUGCAGGACUUUGAAUGGCUGGAAUGUGGAAGAGAUGGAAGUACAGCCAUAGAUGAGUGGGGGGGGUGAAGAAGAUGGAGAGAAGAUGGAUUUUUUUUGGGAAAUUACACUUGUGAGACCCAACAUGGGGCACACACACACCUUUAAUGCAAACAGCAGUACUACAGGAAAAACACUGAAGUUUGAGAAAGUUUGCGUAAUGAUUAGAAUACAGCUACACAUAAAACUCCCACUCCACCAGCAACAUACUAAAGGCAAUCUUAUUAAACCAAGAAUUACAUCCAGAGGAAUUCCAACCACUUAUCACAAUUAACCCACAGUGCAUUAAAUCUAUCUAUAUAGAUAUUCAUUUGUCUGUCUGUAUAUAUAUAUAUAUAUGUAUAAUAUAUCCUGGGGAUUAAAGACUUGCUGCAUUAAACAGUUCAACGAACAAUUUCUUAUAUAAA